AUGUAUUCUGUUGCCGGGGCUGCGUUGCGGGAUGUAAUAGUGAGGAAACAAGGCUUGAAGAGCGCUUUAUAUAGGGUUGUGAAGGCGCAAAAGAAACCGCAGAAUGUGCUGCCACCUGCCUUGGCUUUGCUUACCACUGCUCUGGAUCAUCGAGAGCAAUUGGAUCAGUUAUUGAAGAAGAAGCCCCUUAAAAACCUCAAGUCUGGCUCCCGUUGGGUCAUCAUGUCCAUGGUUGCGGACUAUUUGUACUCCGCCCAAGGCAUCAGAGGUAAGGGUCGAUUAAUUCGGGAGGUGACCGAUGCCUUGGUGGAGCUUGGAAUCGAACCGGGAACGUUUGCUGCGGAGAAAAAAGCGGAGAAACAACGAGCACAAACUGCGCUCCGGUACUUGAGGGUUGAUUUAAAUAGGUUGUCCCGCAAGGAAGCUGUAGACUCACUGUCGCAAAUCCUGUCCAAGCACACAAAUGAGUUGGUUAUGGUGGAUGAUCUCAUUCCGGACGUAGUUGCCGUGGAUUCCAAGUUUACUGCCAAACUGAGGCAGCACGAGUUGGUGAAGACCGGCGUCUUGGCCAUGAUGGAUCGUUCGGCGUGUUUGACCGCGCAUGUGCUCAUGCCCAAGCCUGGCGAUACGGUUGUAGAUGUUUGCGCCGCACCCGGUUCAAAGACUCUCCACUUUAUAUCGUCGCUAAAAAGUAAAGGUCUCGUUAUAGGUAUAGAUCAGGACAAGGGUCGAUUCAAAACAUUGGUUGAUCGAGUGCAAAAGGAAAGUGUCUGUACCCGGAAAGAAAAAUGGGAAGGCCAGCAUUACGUCCUGAGGUCGUCUGAUGGCCAGUUGGUGACUUUGCUGCUCAAUCUGGACUUCACCAGGGUACUAUCCUGCAAUAGAGCGUGUAGUGAGUGUAUCUGCCUUCACAAGAAAUGCUUGAACUACAUGAUUGAAAAAUUCCAUCCAGCACACCAGCAACCUGUUGAGCAACCUGUUGAGCAACCUGUUGAGCUACCUGCUCGACUCACUGCGAGUGCUGCCGGCCAAGUGGGAGACUGUAUCAUGUCAUUGGACCCUUCCUGUAGCGGGAGCGGGCUUACUGAACACAUGGCAGAAGUGAAGCAAGCGAUGAAGAAUAAAGAUGAGUCACUGGUGAAGCGGGUAGCUCUUCUGGCAAAGUUCCAGCAAACUAUGCUGGAGCAUGCAGUCAGCUUGCCUGUCGUCUCAAGACUGGUUUACUCUACCUGUUCUUUAUGGGCUGAGGAGAACGAAGAUGUGGUGGACAAGUGCCUGCAAGGGGAGGAUAGUGUGGAACUGGUUUCCAUAAAGGCGGUAAAAGGCUGGCAGAACUCUAAAGUUAGGUCAGUGGAUCCGACGAGGGAACUGAAGCCGCAAAGCUGGUGGCGAACAUCAUGCCGACGGUCAGAUCAGACGACGCAUAAAUGCAGAGGGUUCUUCUUGUCUUUGAUGCACCGAAAAUGA